AUGCCUCUUAUUGAAGUCAUCGCCAACGACCGUCUUGGACGCAAAGUUCGCGUCAAGUGUAGCCCCGAAGACACCGUCGGAGACCUCAAGAAGCUCAUCGCCGCGCAAACCGGUACCGAUCCCAGCAAGAUUCAGCUCAAGAAAUGGUAUAACAUCUACAAGGACCACAUUACGCUCGCGGACUACGAGAUCCACGACGGCAUGAGUCUGGAGAUGUACUAG